AUUUGACACAACAGUUUAGUUUUUGUCAUUAAUUUAUGAUUUAAUUACUAAUCAAUAGUUUAUUUAAUGAUUUAAUCGCCAAAUAGUGGUCGAAAUGGAUGAGACAUACGAGACCUACUCUUCGAUGGCAGACAUGAGUCGCCGGGAGUUGUAUUCAGUGGUCAACGCAUUGAAGAGAGAAAACAAUUGUUUGAAAACAGAUUUACAGACAUUUGCUGUCAUUUCGCGGAAAUGCAGACAAUAUUUACGGGAUUUGCUAAACAGUGGACACAUUGACAGUCGCGUCACGAAAGAGAUACUGGAUUUGAUUGAUAUGAACGCACAGAAGACUGUCGUCGCUGUCGAUGCACUCAAUGUUUCGCUAAGAAUGGGACUCAAGAAGAAUAUCGUGUGGAUCGACAGUCAACUCAUUGGAAUCGAUAGACAGCCAAAGAGCGAAGUGUUUACUGAUAGGGAAGACGCCGACAGCGAUGGCCACCAAUCGGACGACUUUGACGUCAACUACGGAAGCGCUGAUGAAUGCGAGGACACGGCUGUGAGACCUCGAAGUGUGGGCACAAGUGGUUACGGAUUGCGACCAAAGUGUCCGAAGAAGAGGCUCUCGUUUGCCAUAACACCAGAGGUUAAGACAAUCCCACGUGACUAUAGGGGCGUGUUUUCGGAGCAGAUAAUGGGCGUCCGAUUGGUGGGCAACUGUGUCUGCGAUCACCACAACUGCGGCAAAUCGUUCUCGAGUUAUACGAAUCUGCGUCGACACCAGUCGUACACACAUCCAGACAAACGCUUUUUCUGCGAUCACCUCAACUGUUGCGCGCACUUCGGAACCAUUGACCGCUUGACGGCUCACAAGAGGUGCGGCGAUCACCGGCGCCACGACGAGCCCUACGAGUGCGGACUCAAUGGAUGCAAGUAUUGGACGGCAUCGCGCGAUGACUUAUUAGAGCACAUCCGCGGCCAUCCAUUGGUGGACCAGAAUAGUGACAAACUCUUGAUCUGCGACUUCAUUGGUUGCGCGAAACAGUUCGCCCGAAGCGAUCACUUUAAGGCUCAUAAACGGACGCAUCAGCGGCCGGACUACUGUUGCGAUAUCACCGACUGUUUCACGUCGUACGCCAAGCGCUCAGAACUGGUCCAUCACCUGAUGUCGGAGCACCAGAAAUAUCUGUGCGAUAGGAAAGGGUGUGAUUACAUGACUGAUGAUACCGAGGAUCUAUUGGCACAUCAGUUGAAUCAUACGAAUGUGAACCAAGGCGUGGACGAGUCGGUGACUGUUUUGGACAAUAAUCUGAUCGUAAAUACCGUUAAUAAGAGAAAACACGACGAAGACAUAACUGACGAACAUAUGCCACAAAGUGUGGCGAAAAAAUUGAAGAUUAAUGAGCGAUACGUUUGCGACUACAGAGACUGCCAGAAGUCCUAUUGUGACCAAAAAGGUCUGCGAGAGCACCAGAUGUCACAUUUCGGUAAACGGUUUUAUUGCGAUUACAAGAAGUGCUGCAAACAUUUCAGUCACUCGAGUUCGUUGCGGUUGCAUAAGAGGAAUGGCGACCACGAGUUCGGACAGACGUAUAGCUGUGGUGUCGGCGGAUGUGAUUUCGUGACCAAAACUCGCAGUGUUUUAGAGAAACACAUCAUAACUCAUACGCCGAGAAAGGAUAGGAGAUCUGAUAGGAGUACCGGAGCUACUGAUCCAACUAUUCCAGUGAUAGACAGCGAGAGGUCCACACGAUCUAAAGCAAGAGCCGAUGAAUCAAUGGGUGAUAAUUCAGACGUUGGAAGCGAUGGCAAAGUGGUUCUAAUUGAUGGCCAAUACUGUUGCGGUUACAACGGGUGCGAUAAGACAUACAACAGUAUAACGUACCUCAAGAGACACCAAUCGAGUACUCAUUCGUACAAAAGAUAUUUCUGUGUCCACAAGAAGUGUAGCAAACAUUUCGCGCGAAUCGACGGCUUGAAUAAACACUUGAAGUCAGGCGCCCACGCGUUUGGACAGCCAUUCGUGUGCGGAUACAACGGCUGUACGUACGACACGAAAACACAGCACAGUUUGAUCGCACACUUCAAGACCAGCCAUUCGCUGGACUGGGAACAGGCGGACACCACCACCACUGCCACCGACACUGUCGAUGAUCACAAUCCGUUAAUGGAUGAGGAAAUGGAUGAUAACUCAGACGAUGAAUACGUUGAGCGAAAGUCGUGGCCGAAGAAGUUGUUGUGCGACUUCGCGGGCUGUGAGAAGUCAUACACCGAUCGGCGCAGUCUUAAUGAGCAUAAAGUCAUUCAUUCGGGCCGAAGAUUUUUCUGCGACUUCGAGAACUGCUGCAAACACUUCGGCCACUCGAGUAACCUUCGCGAGCACGUGAGGGCAGGCACCCACCUGUUGGCCGACGAGUACCGGUGCUCGAAGAACGGUUGCGACUACAGGAGUGCCGUACGCGAGGAGAUCGAGGAGCACAUAACCGGCCACUCGAGCGACACGUGCGGCGGCGAGUUUGUGUGCGAUUGGAACGGUUGCGCCAAACGGUUCCGACUGCAGCGGACACUCGCACAGCACCGGCAGUUCCACUCGACUCAACCCACGCGCCAGUGUCUCAUC